AUGGCGGACACGGAGAAGCGGAGCCACGCCGGAGAGACGGCGCUCUCCGCAGCCCUCCUCUGGGAGCACUGGGAAGUUGCUCGACUGUUGAUGGAUGCCGGCGCAGCCAAGGAGCAGGCGCUGUGUCUGGCCUGUGCCAGGGGGCAGGCUGCCGCAGUGCAGUUUUUGCUGGAUGCGGAGACGGACAUCGAAGAAGGCAACUCGAUGGGGGAGACCCCACUUUUUCUCGCACUCCUCCAUGGCCACUGGGAGGUGACGCGCCUCCUGACGGAUGCUGGUGGCGUCAAGGAGAGGGCGCUUUGGCUCGCGGCUGCGCGUGGACAUGGAAAUGUGGUGCGACAGCUGCUGAAUGCAGGCGUGGAUAUUGACAAGCCAAACUCAGAUGGCGAGGCUCCUCUUUUCCUCGCCCUUCUCCAUGACCAUUGGGAGGUUGCCUGUCUGCUCAUGGAUCGUGGAGCCGACAAGGAAGGACGUCCCGCCUUUGAGGCCAAAGUGCCUCUGGAAGAUGCCGGUCUAACGGCGACUGGGCGCUGGCAGGCGGAGCAGUUGCGGCUUCGACUGGUGGCCGCCCAGCAGGAGGGGAGCUUGCCACAGGUGAUCAGGGUGGCGUGCUCGCCCCUGCGGCGAGCAAGGGAGACAGCCACCACGUUGUUCCCCAAGCACGAGGUGCAAAUCCUGGACGAUCUCGCAGAACGCCGUGGCCCCAGAGGACAGCUUCUUGGCGAGUGCAACAAUGCGGCAGUUUUCGGAUAUCAG